UUCCACAACCAUCAUAAAGCAAAUUCCAAAACGUACAUAAGAUACCUUGUCUUAUUUUCUUUCACAAAUGAAGGCCUGAGAGCCCACGACAUAACAAUACCUUUCCUCUCUAGCCAAGCAAUAAUCGUCUCCUUUGUCUCCAAGUUUUGCAUCCCUAAUCUCAAUCUUCUUCUUCUUCCCUAAGCAAACUUGCUCCAGUACCCUCCCCCUCUCCAUUAAUUUCCACCAAACGUCAUUUUGUCCUUAUUCUCAUCUACACUUCUAGAGUCACAAAAUCCAAUACUAGAGAGAGAGAGAGAGAGAUGGGUGUCGACUGGGGACCGAUGGUGGUAGCGGUGGUGAUGUUCGUCCUACUAUCGCCAGGGCUGCUGUUUCAGGUGCCGGCGAGGGCGAGGGUGGUUGAGUUUGGGAAUAUGUACACCAGCGGGAUAUCGAUAUUGGUUCAUGCAUUCCUCUACUUUUGUAUAUACACCAUUUUAAUCAUUGCAGUUGGCAUUCACAUUCGUUCUGGUUGGAAUCCUCCACAUGUUAAAGCACCACACUUUACAGCACCACACUUCUAGCUCCUCAACUCAUUCUUCUAGCAGUAAUUGCCUUUGCUUACCCUUAUUUUCCUAUUUUGCUAUCUUUUUCUCUUUCCUCUCUCUUUUAGCAUUAUAAGAUAAGAAAUGUACUUAUAGCAUCCUUUUUUGGGUGAUUCAAUAAUAAUUGUAUUAAUCGAGCUUUGGUGUUCAAUCCGUGUAUAUGAUUUUUUUUUUUCUUCUCAUUUUCGUAAACAUGAAAAGGGAGCUAUUGUUGAACUUAAACGGGGAGAUGCCUAAUGCCCUUGAUAAUUGUUUGUUCGCCAUCACCAGCAGAAGGAUUGUGAAAGUGAUUUUAUAGUUCAACAUUGCCAACUUU